GGAGAGAAGAAGAAAAGAGAAGGAAAGAGAAAAAGAAAGAGAGUAGAGGGGAAACAAGUGUGUGAAAAGGGAUGGAUAGAAAGUGGUGAACGAGUAAGAGUAGUUUAAACUCAAGCAUUGCCAGCAUUAGACCAUACAGUGUUGUGCCAUCAACAGGUCAGUGGACUUACCGGGGGGAUAAUGUCCAAACCUUCGUCCAACGUUAAGGCCCUUCAGGCUAAUUUGAACAUCCCGAUGGGAGCUCUGCGUCCAGGGGCGGGACAUCCUGUCAAGAGGAGAGAGGAGACAGUAGACACAGAAGAGGCUCAUUCACCAGACCCGCCCUGCGCCGCCGCCGAGACGCCAGAGGAGAAGAAGACGUUGCCCGGUGCGGUUAAACUGCCGGGUCCUGCCGUUAAUCUAUCAGAGCUGCAGAACGUCAAGAGCGAACUACGAUGGGUUACCAAAGAUUAACAUGAUCCCCAGCCAGGCGAAGAGGAAGGCAGAUAAUCUUCAUAGACACAGACUUGCCCACUGCCACCGAAGACUAAGCAAACUACAAACUAAUCCCAACAUGUUCAGAAACAAUAAAAGCUUUGUGUGAAGCCAACGUCUGCAGAAAAUGUUCAGCAUUUAACCAAAACCACUAAGAAGCAGCCAUCCACAAACUCUCUUUCUAUCAGUACGAUAAGAGGUUAAAGCACUACAAAUAUUUACAUUUAUCUUAUCAUGUCAGAUUGUUUUGUCACUAAAUCCAAACUCAAAUCAUAAUUUGUACAAAAAGUUAAUCACUGUUCAUAUAAAGCGAGAUUUUCUGGCUUGUUUCUGCUGCAGAUAAAACUCCAAUUUGCUUGGACUUUUAGGAGUAAGUGAGUUAUAAUGCAAUAACAACUUAUUCUUUGCUUUUUUUUAGUUUUUGGAGUAUUUCAAAGUCUGAGUUAACUGGUUAAGUAGGAGAUUUGUUGACGUACAUUUAAGGAAUUCACUUGACAAACACUCUGUGAUGACAAUUAUUUUACAUACUGUCAAAACUCCAAAUAUACACCACUGAUUUAUACAGAUGCUUUCUAUUAAAUUAUUCAUUUCUAAAUGUUGUAACAAUUUACAGUGAUGCAAUGGGAUUUAAGUUCAGUUGUACUACUUUGUUUGGGAGGGAAAAUAAUACUGUUUUUCUUGUUUUAUUGUUAUGAUUCCCAAAAUCUUAUCUUCAGGAAAAUGUUGCAAUAAAUCAAGAUGGUU